GUUCACUCUUGCGAGGGCCAAGGUCGGUGCAACGACGUGAUUAAUGCGGCUAUACCCAGCUGGUGGUGCAAUUUCAGCAGAACUGGACCCGGAUAGAUUUUGUCACCCAAUUGACGUCACAGUGCCCCAGCUCACCAGAAGACGACUCGAGACUAUAAAAAGGCUGGCAUUUCUCCGCUUCUCCACAUAACCAGCAAGUGCACAGAAUUCGUGGCAAGAAGCCUUUACUGAAGUGUAUCACGCAUCACGGCAUGGCUACGUUCAGGAUGGUUUAUGUUGCUUUAGCUGUGGUAGCGCUCUCCGCGCUCGUGUCAGCUUCCACGUCGUCUGUCUCCGUCAACAUAGGGGUAUCGGAGGCGGCCCAGUGUGCCUACGUCUUUAGCUUGGACGAGCUGGACGACUGCACCUGCCCAAGCCUGGAAGAGGCAAUGCGCCGCUGGCUCGCCCAACGCCAAACUCCCGUUGUUUCAAAAGACCUGGUUGCUCAUUAUGCGUUCGAGGAUGACCUGUCAGAUUCCACGGCGAACCGUCGUAAUGGGAGCGCGAACCGUCGAGUCAACUACGCUGUCGGGAAGUGCGGUAAAGCCGCCGUCUUCGACGGCUCGACGAAGGUAGACGUGGACGCUUUCCGCAGCUAUCCCUGGGGCUCACAGUUCAGUGUCAGCGUCUGGUUUAAGAGAACCGGAUCGAAAGACACUUACCAGGGAAUCGUUACCACCGGCUACCACACCACUGGUUCGUGGGAGAUCCGUAUGAAAGGGAAUCAGAAUCUCGGUGGUGGGGUAGUCACAGCAAACAAUGCCCCAACUUGGAACUACGCCGACUUGACAGCCAGCAUCGGAGAGUGGCACCACGCGGUCAUGACGUACAACGGAUCCCAACUGCUCUUCUAUUUGGAUAACCAGCUGCAGUCUGGGGAUGAUGACUGUUGCCGUGGAGACAUCAUCUCCAAGAAGACCCCCUUGACCAUUGGUCAGGCUGGGGUGGGAUGGAGAGGAGAAUUUUUCGUUGGUUUGAUCGACGAGGUCAAGAUCUUUAGUAAGGCGCUGUCUGCUUCUGAGGUUGAUAAAAUGUUCAAUGAUCCUUGUUUUAUCGGCGAUGUCUCCCCGUGUCACACUUAAUUAAAGAACACUUUCACGUAAAACAUAUUAAGGACCACUUUCGAAUGAAUAUAGUUCGAUUCUGCUCGAUUUAGAAUUACAAAAAUAAGGAAGUUCAUGCUGUGAUAUUAUAUAGAUUACUACAAAGUUAAAACAUCUUAAAGGUGGGUUCUUUAGUUUAACUGGCGACAUUCUGAGCCAAAUUAAUUAAUUAUUAUUAUUAUUAAUUAUUAAUUUACAAUGCUUGGGCCUACUUCACUGUGCAUAAAUAGAAAUCUCCUUCGGACCUUUUGUAUUGGUUUUCUUAUCUCAGUUUUAUUUAGUCGAGUAUUGAUUUCUAAAGUGAUUUGUAUACAAAGGAAUUGCUGACAUUCAUUGCUCGCCUCGCAAAGCGAGGGGAAAAAUAAAGUGCUUUUGCUGUAACAUGUUGAAAUAA